AUGGGAAAGGCGUCACUUGAGCCGUGGCUCGCCGACUUUCUAUGGGGAGAAAUUGCCGCCGUCAUUUCGUGGAAGAAGCACCUCAGUACCAGCGGCGUGAAGCCGGACCCAGAUGGGCGAUUCAGUGACGAUGGGAGCAGCUUCAGGUGCCACAAUCACAGCGACCCAGGCCACGUGGUGCAGCUAAUCACGGUAUGGGGACUGGUAGUCCACCCACGCGUUCCUUCACUUGCUAAUACGCGUCUCCCAGGUGUUGUCGCUGAAAGAUGGCGCAACCGUGCUUCUUUCGGAUGGCGAAAUCAGCAUCAAGGCGCGUCUCUCUGAAAGCGUUGUUGCGCUGCUAGAAGAGGAGACCGAGCAGAAGUUCGGCCAUGACACCGUCCACGACGUGUUCCAAUUGAAGGACUUCACCGUGGUCAGCACCACAUAUGGCCCUGAGGAUGGCCUUGUGCAGCUUUCGGUCGACAACAUCGAAUAUGAACAUCAUCUGCGUAAGACCAAAGGCAAUCCAAUGCCCGUGCAGGAAGCCGAACUCAUCCUGCAGCUUAUCCAUGAUAUCGAGCAACUGCGCUGUCCUCAACCAGCAGCAGAAGACCAUGACGAGGCGACUCAAGAUUUGGAAGAUCAAUCUGGGCAAGUCUCACACCCGAACCAAAUCGCCCCCGUUCAAGCAGUUCCAACGAUCGCGGUUCCAAGAAGUUCUAUGGCUGCACCGGCAUCUACAUCGAAAGCACAAUCCCAGAUCUCCCCACGCGCACCAAUGCAGUCUCAAUCCGCAGGGCUUGCGCCCUGCAGAGCAUCCCACCUCAAACCAGAUGGGCGUACGAAGCCGCUGGGACGCUCGCUGGUAAGGGAUGGCUUCGAGGUCGCGACGGGCGUUAACUUGCAGCGCCCGGUGCAGGCUGCAUCGGGGUCACUGUCUUCAAAGCAGAGCAAACCCUCCGUUCGCUCUAGUGAAGGUAGUCCAGUUGAAGCAAAUGAAGCCAGACGGACUGGAUUGUUGUCGCUUUUCAAACAAGGCCGCAAAUCGCCGCCGAGAAGUCCUGCCGCGCAACCUGAGGCCCGUCGUGCCAGUCCGGACAUCAUUGUGGAGACUCCAACGCGAACAAGACCCACAGGAACGGAGCGAGCGCUUUCCAAAGUGGCCCAUAGCUCAACUGGUCUCAGCACCCAUCAACAUACCAGGCUUGAACGACAUCCAAGCCCACCAUCUGCACAACCACCUCCCUCGCCUAACAAGGACUCUCGGCAUUCGACUGGCGGGUCCAGGCUUGCACAUGGUCGUUGCAAGAUACCCAAAGACCAGAUGAAAAUUCUCGAGAAGCCAUCGUCUUGGCUCCCUUCUCUACCUGGCCAUCAGUUCCCGCGCCCGAACGUGCCCAUCGCCUUGCUCCAAAAGUGGAAUCAAGCAAACAGAGCUCCCGCCAAAGUUAUUGCAAAAGACGCCGCCCUUGUUCGCGAAGGAAACAUAUCCUCAUCGUCCGAUGACGCGGUGGGCAGCUCUUCUGAUGAUUCAGACGAGGAGCUGCCGGCUUCCCAAUGGCCGCCGACGCCUACGCAAAGGCGCACGUCUCUGCCCCCUGACAGUUCUCUUGAAAGUCGGCCUCUGAGUUCCGGCGAGCUCGAAAUCGCCGCACCACGAGCUCUGCCUCAUAGAAAGUCGUCGCACAAACCAUCUCAGCACUCUGGACAUACUAUGCAUCCCUCUGUCUCGCCACAUGCUCUCCCGCCAACACCGACUGUUGGCGCUGCUUCUGCGCUAACAACAACCGCCAUACCAGCGUCUCAGCUCUCAGUGCCGCAGAAAUCUGCAUUGAAGCGUCCUCGUGAAGAAUCAAUGCCGCUGUCAUCGGCAGUUUCAGCUUCGCACUCCAAGAGGGAAAGAUCCUAUCGAGUAAGAGAACCUGUGUUUGGCGUUACUCAAUCGUUUCCGAAAAGUGGGUUGCCGGGCUCAUCUCCGCCGGCUGGACCCAAUCACUCGCAAGCCAGUGAUCGUUCUGUGGCAGGCUCAUCAAGCCUGCUCCAGAAUCCCCGGCAUAUUCAGCCGACUUCUUCGGUGAAUGGCACAGCUCGCGUUCAAACUACCCAGUUGCCGCGAUCGACGCCGCCAGUUUCGGCUCCAAAAGGAUCUCGCGCGAUUGCGGAGCAUUCCCUCUCCUCGCCCUAUCGCAAUCCAUCCAUGGUUGGUCGGCAAUCCUCGACACUGCAUGACACAUAUAGACCUUCGCCAUCAAGACCACGGCAGCCGGUAAAGAGCGAUGACGGCCGUAGCCCCCAAUCGGCACCAAACAGCUCUCAACCUCGACUGUAUAGCCCUUACUGGCCUUCUCCAUCCAAUGGGCAGUCAGCAGCAAUGAACGCUCACGAUGCUCUUUCCUCGCCAUCGGAGAGACCAAACAACCGCAACGAUCAAUCAGAUGACCCUCCCGAUCCAGCUGAAGUCAAUCGCGCGGUUCGCCGCGAGCAUAUGCAACAUGGACGACGGCGUGACUGGUAAGUUUCCCUGUCCAACUGUAUGCUGUUCAGGGACAGACCGACUAACAUGUGCAAAGGAUCCAGGAGCGAUAUUUGCGUGACGAUGAAGCCGGCUUGCAGAGAUUCGAACAUAUUUUGACAGCUUAUCGCGCAGAAUGUGAUGACAACAAAGAAGACGGCACCUUGAGCCCAGAUUUUGCCAAGGCUGUACAGGCUGCAUACAGUGAUUUUCCAGACCAGCGCCUUGCAUCAAUGAGGUUUACCUCCCGUAGCGACUACCAUGGCUCCGCUGGCGAAACGCUGCAAAAGCUCGAGCAGCAGCAGCAAGCGCAGCAGAUGCCGGCUCGGCCAAAUCAGCCUCCUCCGUCUCAGCGGAGUGUGGAAAUGGCCAAGCCAAAUAAGAAGAAUAUGAGAAGAUGCGAUUGGUAAGUACGAAUGCUCCCUGGGCUAGAAAGCGGUCGACUGACAUGCUUUUCAAGGCUUCAAAAACAAUACACGCCCACUAGUACUGGCGAGCUCGCUCUCAAAGAUGUCUACGAAGAAUUCCGCGCCCAGCAUAGCAAUGACCACAUCCACGUCAAGGACUUCACAAAAGUUUUAGGACUGGCCUUUUCUAAGUACAGCCAACCACAAAAUACGAGGUUCACUCACCGCAUCGCCAAACACGACUCUGAGACGAGGCCAAAUCAGGAGCGGCGGCCCCAGUCUUUGCCGACAACGAGAUCGAAUGAAGUCAGCGACCAAGAUCGCCGUCGGGCUGAAUGGUAAGUGAAGCAAGUCACGCAAUUCACGCACCACCAGCAUCGUAGCAAGCAAUGUCUGACUCGUUUGCCAAUCAAGGCUUCGAGAGCGGUAUGUACCUGACGACACUGGGAUGAUGUGCAUGGCAGAUAUGAUGGCAACAUAUCAGUUGCAGGAUCUUCAUGACCGCUCAGACGACGCGGAUUGGGGGCCGGCUAUUCAGACCGCCUUCCCCGGGUGCGAGAGACCGCAGCAUCAGAUGCGGUUCACCCGCCGGGUCCCACAACGGGCGUCUGCGCCACAAAUGCACAAUGCACGAAUGGAAGAUGCGAGUGAGGAGAUGCAUGCUUCAACAUGCACCAUGGAUGAGAUCAAUGGCUAA